AUGAAUAUGAGUGGAAAUGGCGAAGUGAAACUCAGAAUAGAAUGCAGGAGUCAAGGCAAAAUUUACUGGUGUGAAUAUACUGGGAAUCCAUCGCUUUGCCGUUCUUUUAAUAACAACCAAAGGCUUUAUUGGAAUCAGAUUGCCAUGGACCGAAGGAAACAGACCAACGCCUGCCAGCCCAAUGCGGUUCUGAAGCCUGCCAUGUGCCAGAGGACUCCUCCUGAAGCUCACAUGAAGCAAGUGGCUUCCAGCAUAAAGCCAAACCCACAGGCAGAUACUGUCAAUCAAGCAAAGCCAGUCCCGAACCCCGCGACUUCUCCAAAGCAAGUUAAAAAAAGCCAAGCAGGGAAAGCCUUGCUGAAAAAAACAGGGAGACCCAAACCAUCUCCUUUGCCUCCUACAAAAGCAACCCAAGAAGGUCAGAUGUCUGGAAACGAUUCUGAAGCGAUGAAGUUAGCGCGGAAGCAUUGCUGGGAGUCCCUGCAUGACAUCUGCUCCUACAUCAUCAGCAUCUUUAGCGGCUGA